GGAGGCCAGCAGAAAUAACAGCCGUGGUCUUUCGCACUCUCUCACUCUCGCAGAUUUUCCUUACUUUCUUGUCCUCUGUUGACAAACACCAUCUGCUGCAUACACACAGUCAGACUGUUUUCCGCAAAACACACACUUCUGAGAGCUUUGCCUUGUGGGAUUUACACUAUGGACUGCUGUUAUGGAUUAUUCAUUUUGGUGGCUGACCGUGUGUGUUACCGACUAGUCUCAGUGUAGCCUAACUGGACACAUUGAGGACUCACUAGCCUGCUAUCUGACUUAAGUUGUCACUGCCUAUUGGAGCUAGUUAAAGCUAGCCCCAGUGUCUGCAUGAGGCUACAGAGCCCUCUCUCUGUGUGGAGGGUGGAUGAUGCAGUGUGUGCUCUCCUUCGUCUCCCCUCAGCUGAGCGCCGGAUCCCCCUGUAGCUGCGAGGUCAGCCCCGAAGGAACAAAGAAGAAGAAAUCCAAGAACCUGGCCAAAGACAUGAAGAAUCGGCUGGCUUUCCUGCGGAGGAGGAAUGAAUCCCCAGGAAGCAACCCAGCCAGCAAGUUAGACAAAUCUAUGAAGUCAGUCAAGCCCACCGCAGAGGAAGCACUCAAAUGGGGGGACUCGCUUGAUAAGCUGCUGGCACACAAAUAUGGCCUGGCAGCGUUCAGAGCUUUCCUGCGCACCGAGUUCAGCGAGGAGAAUCUGGAAUUCUGGCUCGCAUGUGAGGAAUACAAGAAGGUUAAGUCGCAGUCCAAGAUGGCCUCCAAAGCCAAGAAAAUCUUUGCAGAAUACAUCGCGAUCCAGUCUUGUAAAGAGGUCAAUCUGGACUCUUACACCAGAGAUCACACUAAGGACAACCUGCAGAAUGUGACACGCUCCUGCUUUGACCUAGCACAGAGGCGGAUAUACGGGCUGAUGGAGAAGGACUCAUACCCCCGAUUCCUGCGCUCAGAACUCUACGUGGACUUAAUCAACCAAAAAAAGGCUAGCUCCACUCCGACUUCAUCUUCUUCAUAAGAGCCCUGAAAAGAUCUAUGGAGAAGAGAAUCAUGUCGAGAGAAAAAAAGGGUCAGACUUGAAAAAAAGUAGAGCGGGCGGGAGGUGUCUUUGUUUGCCUUUUUUUUUUUUUUACUUUUUGGUUGUGUAUGUCAUCCUGUCCACUAUGAUUUUGUUAUUGUUGUUGUGAUGUGAGAGGACGUGGCAAAGCUAUGGCACUGCAAAGGAAUGUAGUUUACACAGUUACCAGGUGGAUGGAUGAAUGAAUGGACGGAUGAAUGGAUGGAUGGAUGGUUGUGUCAAAAGUACAGAAGCCCACAGGCGAGGGCUGGAGCAGGAGCUAGUGUCUGAUCACUGUUUCUCUUUUUUGUGGUGUCAGUCUUUUGGUUGUGUUUCUACGUUUUUCCCCAGUUGUACUGGAGAAGAAAGAGGGGUUGCUCAGAAAACCCUGCAGACAUGAAGACAGUCCGGUACUGUUUUGUCACUUUUUUUCCUUAAUUUCCUUUUAAGACUCCCACUUUAAAUCCCCUCCUUUCCUCCACCAUGUUCUCUGUGAAGCCACUUCAAAGCUGUCGGUACGACACAAAGUCCUUUCCCUUCAUGUUUUUUUCUCAUUCAAACUGUAUUAAAAGAGGGGUAAAAAAAACAGGAUGUCUGAAUGAAAGCUAGCAUAAUGGCUGUUUCACGCACAUCUCUGUUAAACACCUGCACCCUCCUGUAAAGCUUCUGCAAACAGCUUUCCCCUUAGUGCAUCCCAAGACUGUGGAAAGACAAAGAUGGAGACAGAAAUGGGUAAAGAACACAAACGUAUAAAUAACGGAUGGACUGGAGCUGUGAUGAAACGCAGAUAUGUGUCACUCUCACAUUAAAAGACAUUUAAAGUCGCAUUCAAAGCCAGUAGCGGAAGAAAAAAAGACGACUUGCUUCCUGUCUCCAAAGACUGUUUACAACAAGGAACGAAAACUGAAGAAUAAAAUGUUCCGAGCAGCCAAACGACAUUUGCUUUACCAUUGUAGCUCAUUCUGGACUAAUCGAGGAAGCUUUUUCUCAGGACAUUGCCACGACAGGUUCCAGCUUGGUUUAUCUUUGGUUUUUCUACACACUCAGUGUUUUUCUAUGCUUUAGCGUUCCAACCUGCACUCCCAGUUUCUCCUGAGCAAUACACAAGAGGUUGCUCGUUUCUUGUUGGAGGAAAAAAAAAAAAUGUUGUACAAAGGUUUGCCUAUUUAUUUAGAUUAACUUGCUGGAUGCUUCUACAGACACCCUCACCUCCUCUAAAGCACUCAGCUAAAAAGCUCUCACUUUCCUCUUAACCAUUAAACAGGUCCAAUGCCUGAACUUUAAGUGCAAUAUUGUUUUUUUAUUUGAUUGUUAUGUUUGGUUUGUUCAUUUAUUUGUAUAGUUUUGAAUUUGUAUGGGAAAGAUGAAUGGCUUGAGCUCUGUAUUAACUGUAUUUGUUAAGAGAGAAAAACACAUAGAGCUAUAAGGUUGACUUACAACGUAAACUUUCAAGAACCAUAAGUAGUUUAAUUAAUUUUAAGCAAGUGAUUCUAACUGUGUGUUAACCCCUGGCAGCAGGCAGCUGGGGGCUGUUAUGGUUGUAAAUAUAAUUCUUUAAGAAAACUGUGAUAACACAUUAAAAACAAAGAAAAACAUCAAACCCAUAGGUCUCUGCUGGUGAACAUGGGACCCAGCUGUAACUAUGUAAAUAUGAGAGACUCGAAACUAUAAGAUGACAUGUAUUGUUUAAAAGAAAAAGCUAGAGCAGGCACAAUCUGCUCUUUUCCCUGGUCAUACACUGCUUGUAAGGAGUUUUCUGAAAUGCAUUUGAUCAUUUUCACUGUUUACAAUUCAAAAUGCAUCUCCUAUGAUAGCAAGAGAAACAGUAGAGUACAUUUGGUGUCCAUGCUAAUGAUAAAUAAACCAACCAACUGAUGAAGUGA